AUGGCUGACAAUGCUCCUCCACCAUCUCUUUCCCCAUCAUCUGAGAAAGGAUCCUCAAGCCAAAGCCCAAGGAGCUUUGCCACCCUUUCUAGUGGCUCCCCUAUCAUUGUCGGUGCUAAUAGAAGUUACAUGCCUAUCACUCUUAACAACAACAAACCAUUAUCAUUGUUAUCACCAUCACCACUAUCACCCUCACCUGCACCUGGUGUAUUUGGUGUCCUACCUCGUGAACCUGUCCAACAAGUGCAACCACAAGCCAUGGUUGCACCUGUCAAAAGACGAAGAGGGAGGCCACCUGGCUCCAAAAAUAAGUCUAAGGUGCCGAUGAUUAUUUUCAAGGACACCGACCACCUUCUUAAACCAACUGUCAUUGAAGUUCCAGAUGGUACCGACGUGAUAGAUGCCAUCAUCAACUUUGCUCACAGCCACCAUUUUAGUGUCUCAGUGCUUAGUGUUUCGGGUUCAAUCUCCGAAGCCACCCUUCGUUACCCUUUCUCUCAUGCCCCCACCAUAUCCGUUCGUGGAAAAUCACCCAUAGUGUCUCUCUCUGGCACUUACAUAAACACCCUUUUACCUUCACAAGCCCCCAUAUUUACUCAUUCCUCCUUCGCAAUCCAAAUAGCGGAUAGCAACACCAACAAAAUCUAUGGUGGCCUUGUUGGAGGGAGGGUUAUUGCUGCAGGUCCUGUUGUGGUCUUGCUUUCCAAGUUCAAGAAGCAUGAGUAUCAUAGGUUGAACUCUAGUGCAAAUGUUCAUCUUUCAGCUCCUAAGAAUGGUGAUUUCAUCACUAACAACAACGCUAACGCUAAUGUGUCUACCUUUAGUGUUGCUACUCCUGUUGUUCCUGAUUCCAAAUUCAUGCAGUGGAAAAAACAUGAUAGUAAUUACUAA